AUGCGGACGCUGAAAUGGUUCUUGUUCUUUCCUCUGUGCCUCUCCUGUGGCUAUGCCUUUAUGUUUUCUUCUCUGAGGGAUAAAGCCAGAGAACCCCAGGGGAAGGUGCCUUGCGGAGGGCACUUUCGAAUUCGGCAGAAUCUCCCAGAGCAUGCCCAAGGCUGGCUUGGGAGCAAGUGGCUCUGGCUUUUUUUCGUUGUCGUGCUGUAUAUGAUGCUAAAGUUUCGAGGAGAUAGUGAGAAGGAUAAGCAGAAGACUCCUCCUGCCCUUCGAGGCUGUUCAUUUCGCUCUCCAAUAAAGAAAAAUCAAAAUGCUUCCCCCAACAAAGACUAUGCAUUCAAUACCUUAACCCAGCUCGAGAUGGACCUUGUGAAAUUCAUGUCCAAGGUGCGGAAUCUGAAAGCCGCCAUGGCAACUGGCGGUAAUCUCAAGCUUCAGAACUCAGAGGUGCCUGCAGACCCACACAAUAAUAUUACAAUAUAUGAGAUAUGGGGCGAAGAAGACUCCGAGUGAGUGGAUUUGUGUGUCAAAGUAGGAGAGGAAAAUUUGAGUGUU